GUAUGUAUGCUAAUAUAUACACAGAUUCUAAAUCUAGAUGAACAGUACAGCGGUGCAAUAUUUUUGCCAACAUGUUGACCUGUUUGGGGUGCUCAGUACUGACCCCCAGCCCCCCUGCUGGCUGGUUUCGACCCAGCAGUAAGUUCCCACAAUACCUCGCGCAUCCCUUUUGCCAAACUCAUACAUCAGUGACCCAGUGCAGGGAGAUGAGCAAUAUUUCAUUUUUUGAAACGGGGAGGAACCGUCCAACUUGAUGAAUUCAGACUCAGCGACAGUAGGACACAUUUUACGGUUCUAAGUGUCCAGAAUGUCCAAAAUCAGGAGGAAGGUAACAGUUGAAAAUUCAAAGACCAUAUCAGACAGUACCUCCCGCAGACCAAGUGUGUUUGAGAGACUGGGGCCAAGCACAGGAAGCAAUGCCGAGACACAGUGUCGAAAUUGGCAAAAGACUGGCAAUUGUGUUUAUGGAAAUACCUGUCGGUACAGGCAUGGACCCCAGCCAAGAGGGAAAGGCAAUAGUGGUUCAUACAAAAGGUCACCAGAAAGACCUACGGGAGAUCUUCGAGAGAGGAUGAAGAAUAAAAGACAAGACACUGAACCAGAUACUCAAAAGAGAAAUCCAGACAAGCCCACUUCUCCUGUUGCUAGAAGAGACUCGUCACGUAGCAGACAACGUGAAAAGGAAGAUAUUAAAAUAACAAAAGAGCGUACUCCGGAAAGUGAAGAUGAACCCACAGAGUGGGAAGCCAAUAGAGAAGACUCUGACAAUGGCGAUUAUGAUUAUGAAUUGUCCCUGGAAAUGAAGAGACAGAAGAUUCAGCGGGAGCUGAUGAAGCUGGAGCAGGAGAACAUGGAAAAGAGAGAGGAGAUUGUCAUAAAUAAGGAGCACAUCAGCAAGAGAAGGAGUAGCAACUAUUCAAAGACGUCUCCUGAGCCAGUCAAAUCCAAAGGAUCUCCUUCAUCCCGAAAAUCCAGUGGCUCCCCUAAACACAAAGCAAGUCCCAAGGCUGCUUCAGGCAAGAAAGAAAAAAAGGUAGCUGGGCUAUCUUCACCAGGCACAGACCAGCAGAGGUCUUCUAAGGCUGUCCAGGGUAAAAAGAAAGGCCCUCGUACCCCAAGUCCUCCUCCUCCUCCUCCUCCCCCCACUGUCCAGGAGAAGAGUCCUGUAGUCAAGAAGCACAAAGAAAAACACAAAGCUAAAGAAAGAAUGGAAGACAAAUCAAGGGAGACCAAAGAAAGGGGCAGGGAUUCCGAGAAGCAAAGAAGCAAAGAAAGGAAGGACAAGCGCAGGGAUCAUUCAGAGAACUCCCAUAAACAGAAAAUAUCCCAGUCGCCAGAGGACCGCUCUGGCAGUAACUCUUCCCCUUCCAGGGAAUUCUCUCCUUCAAGAAGGAAAUCAUCGUCACCAUCACUAACAAGAUCUGCCACACAGAAAACUGCCUUCUCACCCUCUCGCAGAUCACCCACCCCUCCAAGACAUCGCAGCCCAACACCCACUAGGCACCACUCCCCUUCAUCCCACUCUGGCUCCUCGGCUCAAAGGCAUUCUCCCUCUCCCCGACGCAAGCGCUCAGUUUCGCCCUGCCAGCGGGAGGCAGUUUCCCCCAGGCGCUCCUGCUCCCCAUACCUGGCCCGGCCAUCCUCCCCACAACGCAGGGCUAGCCCUAGCUGGACCCACUCCCAGGGCAGAGACAAAGCAAAGCAGGAGAGAGGUCGGAGCCCUCCUGCACAUGACCGACGACAUGACCGGAGGGAAGAGGGUCGAGGUAAACGAGAGAAGGAGACUCAUGAGGAGCGGGAUUAUGAACAGGAGCAGGGCACCUCCCGUGAGCCAAGGGAUGAUCGAGAGUCUAGAGAGGUGCGAGAGCGGAGGGAGGCCCGGGACCGCAGGGACACACGAGAAACUAGAGAGACGCGGGACACACGGGAAACUCGUGACGCCAGGGAGACCCGAGAUUACAGGGACAGCAAAGACGCUCGGGAUCCGAGAGCAGAGACACGUUCCACCCGCGACUCGCACGAUUACAGGGAGAGAGAUCGCGAACGGGAGAGAGAGAGGGACCGAGGGGAAGCCCAUAGGAAGGAUGAACCUUUCCAAGAGGACAGGAGCUACGGACGUGGCCACACCAAGGAGGAUAGCAAUCGUUCGGAUACCAGGAAUGAGACUCGGAAUGACUCCAGGAAUGAACCUCGCAAUGAGAGAGCCGGGAGAGGAAGGGCCAGAGGACCCGAGCCACCAGAAAAGGGGACCCGUGGGGCAAGAGGGAGUCAGUUUGACAGCAACACCAGCAACUACAAUGAGAACUGGGAAUCCAGGAGCAGCUAUUCCGAGAGAGUGCCUGAAAGGGAUCGAUAUGAGGGCGAUCGGAGAGAGCAAGCCAGAGACUCUUCCUUUGACAGAAGAGGAGGCCAUGCAGAGCGGGACCGCAGAGAGAACAGAGAUAGAGAUCAGAGACCCGCCUCUCCAACAAGACACCAGAGUCGGAAUGAUGACAUUGAGCGGGACGAGAGAAAAGAUGAACGGAGACCAGACAGAGGAGAUGACAGGAGGGAUGAGAGAACCAGGGAGCGUGAUCGCGAGAGGGAGCGGGAGAGAGAAAAGGAACGAGAGAAAGAGAAAGAGAGAGAUAGGGAGAAGGAGAGAGAGCUGGAGCGUGACCGAGCAAGGGACAGGGAAAGAGACAGAGAAAGAGAGAGGGAGAAGGAGCGAGAGAAGGAAAGGGAACGGGAGAGAGAGCGCGAGCGAGAAAGGGAGAGGGAAGAGAGGGAGCGGGAAAGGACCAGGGAGAGGGAACGUGAGCAACGAGAGAGGGAAAGGCAGCGAGAUCAAAGAGACUGGGAAGACAGAGAGAAGGGCCGUGAUGAGCGCAGGGACCGGAGGGACGACCAGAAAGAGGAGCGCACCCCAAGAGACCCACAUGAAGAAAGGAAAGCCAGCAGGAAGCGGCACCGUGCAGAAAGCAGUCCCAGCCCUCAUCCUUCUCCAAAAAGAGUCUGUGAUGCCUCUCCUGACAGUGAAGGCUGCAACAGCACAGAGGAGAAAACUGAGAAGCACAGGUUGCUGAGCCAGGUUGUGCGUCCGAAAGAAUCUUCACGCUCCCCGGCACUUGUAGCAGAGGAGAAACCAAGCCGGUGGAAAGAAGAGGACAGGAAGGUGGAGAAGAAGGAGAGAUCGAAACACGAUGAGCCAGAGCACCGGGAGAGAGCAGCUGCAAGGCAGAGGGACCAUCUCUCAGACGGCACUGCUGUGGGGUCCAGGAGGAGCAAGGAGCCACCACCCCCUCCAGAAUCAGCUAGCCAACCACCAGCAGAGGAUCAGGGGACCACAGACCGGACCCACGAUGACGGCAAGAAGAAGACAAAGUCUCAGAAGAAGGGUUUGAAGAAGAACCGGAAGGACGACGAUGGCUGCAGCGGGGCCGAGAAGUACAACCCAGAGCCGUCGGCUGCUGAGGAAUCAGUAGUCGUGCUGUCCCCCAGGAAGGCGCUGAAAAAGAAGGCAGUAGAAAAGAAACGCAAACGGUCCCAUGGAGGGGAGUCGGACAUCUUGGACGAGGAGGCCUCCGCUGCUGCCCAGCCGCUGAGCAAAAAGAAACGAGGGCCCAGGACCCCACCUCUGGUUGUCCAGUCAGCCGUCAAGGAGGAGUUCCCAGCGCAUAUUGCAGAGAAGGGUAGUACUAAUGAGGCAGUGCAGCCCACCAAAGGAGAAGGGGCCAACUUUAGUGACUGGUCUGAUGAGGAUGUCCCUGAACGUGCUGAGAUUGCAGCACCCGAGAAGAAGCCCUCUGUGGAGAUGCCCAAGAAGGGACAGAAGCGCAAAGGAAGGGAUAGGGUUGAGCCGCCUGCCGCGGCUGCAGCGGCCACUCCUUUGAUAGUAGCUGAAGAGCUCCCACUGCAGCUGCCCCCAGCACAGCCUCCAGCCCCACAGCACCACCACAAAGCAUCAGACCAGAAGCGCAGCAGCAGUCUGGGCAGUAACCAGAGCCGUACUUCCUCCAGCCGGCUCAGGUCUCCCUCAAACGAGUCACACCCCAGUGGGGAUGACCAGAGUGCCAGAAGGCGGCGUCUCCAGGGGCACUCUCGAGACAGGGAAUGCGAGAGAGAGAGGAACCCAGCUGUGGAGCCCACUGUAGAGAGGAAGUCCCGUAUAGAUCAGCUGAAGCGAGCGGAGCCCAGUCGUAGCACAUCUUCAGAUCGUCAAGACUCUCAAAGCCACAGUUCUCGAAGAAGCUCCCCAGAGUCGGAGAGACAGGCACGUUCCCGAGCAGGAUCCUACGACAGCAGGGAGAGGGAGCGAGAAAGGGAGCGGGAGCAGGAGCAGCUGUCCAGAGAGAGGGAGCGUAAGGACGGGAGGCAACGGGACUGGGACAGAGAGCCUGAGACCCGGGACUGGUCUCGAGGACGGGAGGCAAAUAGGAACAGGGAGCUGAGAGAGAGGGACAGAGAGCUGCGCAGGAGAGACAUAGACCCUGAUCGAGAGAGACACAUGCCAGAGGGACAUGUUUGGGACAUUUCUUUACAUGGGGAGGUGAAGAGGGUAGAGCCUAAGCAGGAAAGAGACUUUGAACCGGUACUGUGUGAAGCUGUACCCGUUGAGGCAGAAAGAACGGAAAAGACACUAGACAGCCUACAAGAGCUGGAGGAAGCAAAUGAAGCAGAGAAACCUCAUAGUUUGGAAGGGGAUGAUGAUGGUAAAGCAGAUGUCCAGUCCCUUGGAUCAGGUGGAGAGGAGUAUGAGCCCAUCAGUGAUGAUGAGCUGGAUGAAAUCCUGGCUGAAGAGGCUGAAAAAAGGGAGGAUCAGCAGGAUGAUGACAAGAUGCUGGACCCUAUGCAUGCAAUCGACGUGGACUGGUCUAGCCUGAUGCCCAAGAAGCAUGUAGAAGCUCGAGAGCCCGGGGCAGCCCUGCUGAAGUUUACACCCGGAGCAGUCCUGUUGAGAACUGGCAUUUCCAAGAGGCUUGCAGGCCCUCAGCUCUUCUCUAGGGUGAAGGAGGCCUGUCGUGGGGAACUGGAAGACCCAAAAGAUGCAGAGAAUCUGUUUGAGCAUGAGCUGGGUGCCCUCAACAUGGCAGCACUGAAGAGGAAGGAGGAGAGAGCUGGUCUGCUAAGGAACCUGGGCCCCUGUUGUAAAGCACUGUGUUCCAGGAGGGACAUUGCAAUCCGCAAGCAGCUGCUGAAGAAUGAAAAGGGCACAACAAAGCAGAUGUACACAAACCCCCCGGUGGUGGACAAUGAGUUACUCCAGUUGAGUCUUCGUUUGUUCAAGAGGAAGAUGGCAUGCCAAGUGCCAAACCGAGAAAAGACUGAGAGCAGCAGCACCCUUUCACAGCCAAAUGUACCAACUGAAGUUUGUGUCUCCUAGGCUGCAAGCUGUCCUUUGCACUCACGUUGUUUAAAUGCAUUUCCCUAGAGAUGGAUCCAGUUCAUCGUAUUGUGGUCGCGGUGAAUUGUAUAAAACUUGUUUAAUUAAGAACUGUGAUCUCAAAAGUGUAUUGUCAACUAAUUGCAAAAUCUUUUGAGAGAUGCUUAAAAGAUUUUUGUGUUUUUUUUUUUUUUUGUUGUUUUUUUUUACUCAUGAGCUAAAGUAUUUUAAGAUGCACUGUUCUUACUGUUAAGUGAAUGUUGCCUAUGGAUCAGUUAUUAAACUGAUGUUAAGUGGCUUCUGAAAUUCUGUUUUGUUUUAAUACUUGGUAUCAAUGGUGAAAAAUCUCUAAAGCUACUAAAUCAAUAGUUUGGCGGCAGAUGAAUUCACUAGCUUUUCACCUCUGUUGUAAAAGAGAUGGCAGGCCUAGAUAUUGUUAACCCCUUUUAUUUUUAAUUAGCCCAGAGUUGGCAGCCUAACUCAACCCACAAUGCACCUUGAAUCAUCAAAAGGUGUUUUGUUUAUUUUCCCCUGCUACUGAUUGUUUAUUGUCAACGUGUCAUUAAAGUCAUCAUGCAGUGCAAGCUGCAGUUCUGAUAUUCAAAUACAACAACCUUAUUUAGCCAGGUCUCAUCUCAGUUUUACAUUAUAGGUAAAAAUACAAAAUGCUGUCUCUCACAAAUUAUAUUCUGGUGUUUUUUUUAUUAGUUUCUGCUGUUUUAAGGACCCAUGGCAGUUCCUCUCCAAAUAGUGACAAAUCAUUGCUGAGCUAUUCCACCGCAGGUGGUAACAUUUUCCAGUUUAUUUUCCCUUUUUGAUCAUUUGUAUGAUUUUUUUAAUUUUUUUUUUUUCCUCUCCCAUUAAACAUUGUUAAUUGUAAUGUGGUUACAGCUCUCAUGAUGGGUGCAGAUCAGAACCAAUCACUACAACUAACCAGAAUUUUAACAAUAGAGUGGUGCUGGCACCUCUCAUAUUCAUUUGCAUCAAUCACCAGCUCUUG